UAACGUGAACUAGCCGAGCGAGCGUAGCCGGAGAGGGCAGAUUAGAGUUCCUGGUGGACGCCGGAGACGCUGAAUAACGGCGACAAAAGUGCGGAAAGGGGACGAGACGAGUCGUCUGUGGCGCAAAACACGAAGGCCUCUGACGGUGUCGAACUUUGUGCUACUUUAAUGGCAGCCAAGAUGGGAGGGGACCAGAUGCCCAACAUGAACAGUUCAUCUCCAGUCAUAGACGCCUCCUUGUAUGGCUUCGGAGGCCAGAAACGUUCUCUAGACAAUGGAGUGGGGAACCAUCUGGGUGCAAUGGUACAUCAAAGGGCUCUCACAACAGAAGACUUCAAAGUGCCUGAUAAGAUGGUGGGAUUCAUCAUUGGAAAAGGUGGAGAGCAGAUCUCAAGAAUUCAGCUGGAAUCGGGCUGUAAGAUCCAGAUCGCCUCAGACAGCGGCGGCAUGCUGGACCGGCCCUGCACUCUGACCGGGAGCCCCGAGAACAUCGAGCAGGCCAAGCGGCUGCUGAGCGAGAUCGUGGAGCAGUGCCGCUACGGCCCCGGCUUCCACAGCGACAUGGACGGCAACAGCUCCAUCCAGCAGAUCCUCAUCCCCGCCAACAAGGUCGGCCUGGUCAUCGGCAAGGGAGGAGAGACCAUCAAACAGCUGCAGGAGAGAACGGGAGUGCAGAUGAUAAUGAUCCAGGAUGACCCCAUGCCCACCGGAGCAGACAAGCCCCUGAGAAUCACUGGGGAUCCCCACAAAGUCCAGCAAGCCCGUGAACUGGUGGUGAAGCUCAUCCGUGACAAAGACCAGGGAGACUUCAGAGCCGGCAGAUCCGACUUUGGAUCCAAGAUGGGAGGGAGCAGCCUGGAUGUGGUCGUGCCGAGGUUUGCCGUCGGCAUCAUCAUCGGCAGAAACGGUGAGAUGAUCAAGAAGAUUCAGAACGACGCCGGCGUCAGGAUCCAGUUCAAGCAAGACGACGGCGUCAGCCCUGACCGCGUCGCUCAGGUGAUGGGACAGCCCGACCACUGCCACCACGCGGUCCACCUCAUCAACGAGCUGGUCCAGACCGCCCAGGAGCGAGAUGGAUUCGGAGGCGCGAUGGGGCGCCGGGGACGAGGCGACUGCAGCAUGGGGGGCCUGCAGGAGGUGACCUACGCCGUGCCUGCCGAUAAGUGCGGCCUGGUGAUCGGCAAAGGUGGGGAAACCAUCAAGAACAUCAAAGAGCAGUCGCGCGCCCACGUGGAGCUGCAGAGGAACCCGCCGCCCAACACCGACCCCAACGUGCGCAUCUUCUCCAUCCGCGGAACCCCGCAGCAGCUCGAGAAGGCGCGCCAGCUGAUCGAUGAGAGGAUUGGGGGUCCAGGCAUGGGGGGCAACAGCAGCUUCAGCAUGAAUCCCUACAACCAAGGACCAGCCACUCCUCCCCAGCAUGGGCCGCAGACCUUCAUGCCUGGAGGGUGGGGGACAACCUUCCAGAUAUGGCAACCUCAAGGACAGCAGGACCACAGUCACAAUGGAUCCCAGACGGGCCAGAUGGACUGGGAGCAGUAUUACAAAAAGUUAGGCAAAACCAGGCCCAGAGUAAUGCUCCCGAAUACAACAAAGCCUGGGGCCAGACCGCUGGUCCCGGAUCUCAGCAGACCUCCAAUCCCGACUACAACGCCUGGGUUGACUUCUACAGACAGCCGAUGGCCUUCUUCAACCAGGGCGCUCAGCAGACACAAGCCCCGGGCCUUCAGGAUCAUUAGAGAAGACGCCCGGCGGCCGCAGACUUGAAUCACUGAGGAUGAAAACGAGCCUUCCACCGGAGGGCUGCUCUAGAUUUACAACGCCUUGAAGACUUUUUUUCUUAGUGAGAAACACUAGCUGUAGAAUGACUUAUAUGAUAAAGUAAUAUUUCUAAAAAAAAAAAAUCAGGAAACAUUUAUUUGUUACUAAAUGCUUAUGUACACUGUUAUUUUGGAUAGACAGUAUCUGGGAUCCCUUUUCGGACUUGAGAUAGAGCUGCUUCGUUUUGUUUUUUGGUUUUUUCUAUAUUUCCUGUUCUGACUCAGAUUGUAACCGCCAAAAUGAACCCGAGAGUUGUAACAUUUCAAAAGGCAAUAUGAUCUAUUUUUUCUAGUUCUGUCGAAAUGAAACCAUGAUUAUGCGCUUAGCAGUCUUGAAUACGUCUUUGUUUUUUGUUGGGUUUUUUUUUUUUUUUGUCAUGUCAUAAGAUGUUUAAAAAGCGUUUUUUUUUUUUUUUUUUUUCCUUUUACAUAAUUCAGUGAAAUGAAACUGUGAUGUUUUGUUACAGGAAAUGUAUUUUUUUUUCUUUGUUACAAGGUUUAAAACUACCAGAUUCACGUCAGCCAGUGGCAAUAGUUUCUAAUUUAAUUCCUCUUGUGCAUUGUAUGCUGUUUUUUCAUUGUCAUUUUAUUGUGCUCUGGUUUAAAAUGAAAGGUGCAAUAUCUUAUUUCACUUUUGAAACAAAGAUGGGUUCUCUAAUAUUUUUAACUUGUAGUUUUAAGCUGAUUUUUUUUUUCUUCUUCUUCCAAUGAAAAUGUCAUGGAUAAUUUAUUACAGUGAUAUGAGAUGAUAGGAUUUAGGGGGAUGUUGCAACUAGCUUUGUUUUGCCUUUGCUACCUUGUAAAACUAUGUAUAUAUGCUCAUAUUUGACUGUUAAUUUAAAAUAAUGUUUCAUAUAUAUAUAAAUACACUUAUAUGAAAGGUUUUCCCGCGAUCGGUGUUGCAGGAAAAUUGUCCCUCUUUUUUUUUUUUUUUUUUUCCUGUUUUCAUACUGAAAAAUGUUCAAAGAUUGUGAAUGUGUGAUUUGAAAUUUGAUGUUGCAUCUUGUUAUGAAGAAAAAAAAAACAAGUGGUAGAUUUCUUCUUCUUUUUUUCCUUUCGUUCCGCGUGUUCCGUGUCUCGGUCGGUUAUUCAAGACUGCUAAGCUUCUGUAAUUCGUACCUGUGUAAUAAUUGAUGUAGUAUUUUUAUGUUUUAAGUAUUAUGAUCAACACGAGAGAAGAAAAUCGAGCGAGAGAGAGAGAGAGAAACGGUCUUAUUUGGUACCUCCCAGUUUUCUCCGCCGCCCCGGGUCCUCGCGGGGCGGCGCCGGACUCAGUCCAAUGCUAAUAUCCUUUUUAAUUAAUUUUUUUUUUUUUUAUUUCCUUGUGUGAUCUAAUAUAAAUGCUAUAAAUGAUGCAUCUUUAUGGAAAAUGAUUCUGGUAUUAACGUCAUUUCUUAAUGAAAAGGGAUAUAAUUUGAAGAUGUCUAAUUAUGGUGUUUGUUUUCGCCUCCCGUUCUGUGUACAGUUAACCUUGUAUUAAAAACAUCCAGACUACCUUGAUUGUGUACUCGUUAAGCUGAUUUUCUGUUGGACGGACUUUAGAAACGUUUGGAUGUCUUUUGUUGUACUCUGAUA